UGCUCCUCCUGGCAUGUGUGUAGUGUGACUCCAGCUGCCCGUGACCUCUCAGUGGUGCGCCGAGCACAAGGGGGGAGUUAAAAACACCCUCCCUGGACACUUGCACAAACACACACACACACACACAUUUACCCACGCUCACACAGCAGGCCAGGAGGACAAACUCCACCAACACACACACACACCCAGACACACGCGGGCGGUGCACACGGCUCUCAAAGGAUUUGCCUCCCGGGACCAAGCCAGCCAGCAGUGGAGUGGACCCAGAGCUGAGGAGUGAAGAUCCGGCACCGGAGAGGACUAAGAGACACGGUCUUGGACUUAACAUCUGGUCAGAGGAGAGAGAGAGGGACAGGGUCUGUCAGGUGGAGAGGAGAGAGAGAGAGAGUUAGAGAGUGCAAGAGAGAAAGAAGUGGCAGGUUGAGUGGAGAGGUUGUCAGAAAGAGAGAGAGAGAGAGAGAGAGAGAGGUGUAGCAGGUUGAGUUAGGCUACAUUUAGACGUACCCCAUGGAGAUGGAACGGCUGAAUGGACACGGAGGAUUCAAAGCGGACGCUGGGCCAGUGAAGAUCUUAAAAGCAGCGCUGGCGGUGUCUGCGUGCAUCUGUCUGUCACUCCUCAUCGCUGUCUUCGUAGUUUCACAGAAAAGCAAGGAGGAAUUCUGCCUGACCCCACAAUGUAUUGAAGCAGCGGGCUCGGUCCUCAGCAAGAUGGACCGCUGUGCAUCCCCCUGCGAUGAUUUCUUCCAGUACGCCUGCGGAGGCUGGAUAAAGGACAAUCCCAUUCCGGAAGACUCUUCCAGCUAUGGCAUCUACCCAUGGCUGAGGCAAAAUGUGGACGUCAAACUGAAAGAGCUCCUUGAGAAACCUGGAGAUGCAGCAGACAUCGAGGCUGUUCAGAAGGCCAAGGUCCUCUACCGAUCAUGCAUGAAUGAGGGGCUUCUGGAGCAGGAGGACGCCAAGCCCCUGCUGAAGGUUCUUAAGCAGCGGGAGUUCCGCUGGCCAGUUCUCGGGGACGCUCUGGGUGCCGGGUGGCAGUGGGAAGAGUCCCAGUUCGACCUGUUGCAGACGCUGGCUGAGAUCCGCAAGCAACACAGCAAGUCCGUCCUGGUCCGGUUCUACGUCUCCCCUGACGACAAGAACUCCAACAAGUACAUCAUUAAGUUUGACCAGGCAUCUCUCACCCUGCCCUCCAGAGAAGAUUAUGUUACCAACACCACAGAAGCACAGAGGUAUCGGGAGGCCCUGCUGAGUCUGAUGGUGGACCUGGCUGUCAUGCUUGGGGCCGACCAGCAGGCGGCUGAGGCUCAGAUGAGGCCGGUGCUGGAGUUUGAGAUUAAGGUGGCCCAGAUUAUGAUCCCCUUUGAGAAUCGCACCAGUGAGAACAUGUACAACAGAUACAGCCUGUCGCGUUGGCAGCGCUCCGUUCCAGAGUUUAACUGGAUGAAUUUCAUCAAAGCCUCCAUAGACACUAAGCAACACCCAGACCUGGUAAUUUCCUCAUCAGAGCCAGUUAUAGUGCGUGCCCCACAGUACUUCAAAGACCUCUUCAAGCUCAUCAACAGCACAAACCCGAGGACUGUUGUUAACUACGUCAUGUGGAGGACGGUUCUCUCCAGGGUCUCCACCCUCAGCAGGAGGUUCCUCUACCGAUACCUCGACUUCGAGAGGGUCAUAUCAGGGACCACCUCCCUCACCCCUCGCUGGGACAAGUGUGUGAACUAUGUGGAAAACACUCUCAUUUAUGCCACUGGACGACUGUUUGUCGACAAGCACUUCCAAGAAGAUAAGAAACAUAUGAUGGAGGAGCUGAUUGAUGGAAUCCGCUGGGCCUUCAUCGACAUGCUGGAGAAGGAAAAUGACUGGAUGGAUGAGACCACCAAAAAGAAAGCUGUAGAAAAGGCUCAUGCAGUUCUUCCGAAGGUGGGCUAUCCAGAGUUUAUCCUGAAUGACACCUACAUCAAUGAGGACAUCAAAGAGCUGACGUUCUCUGAGAAGGACUACUUUGGGAACGUGAUGCAGACGCUUCGCUUCAUCGCACAGUCAGACAUCGGCUGGCUCCGGAAGCCUGUUCCCCGCACAGAAUGGUUCACGAAUCCCACCACAGUCAACGCCUUCUACAGCUCAUUCACUAACCAGAUUAGGUUUCCUGCAGGGGAGCUGCAGAAGCCCUUCUUCUGGGGUCUGGACUACCCGCGGUCGCUGAGUUAUGGAGCCAUUGGUGUCAUAGUGGGACAUGAGCUGACACAUGGUUUCGAUAAUAACGGUAGGAAAUAUGACAAAGAUGGGAACUUAGACCAGUGGUGGACCAAUGCCUCUAUUCACCGCUUCACUGACAAGACCCAGUGUAUGGUGGACCAGUACAACUCCUAUCACUGGAAAGAGGCUGGAUUAAAUAUUCGAGGGAAGAGGACACUUGGAGAGAACAUUGCAGACAACGGUGGAAUCCGUGAAGCCUUCAGGGCAUACAGGAGGUGGAUAGACAGAGAGAGAUCUGGUAAGGAGGAACCUCUCCUGCCAGGAAUGGGUUUGACCAACAACCAGCUCUUCUUCCUCAGCUACGCCCAUGUGCGCUGUAACGCAUACAGACCAGAAGCUGCUAGAGACCAGAUUCAGAGUGGUGCUCACAGUCCCCCACAGUACAGGGUUGUCGGGGCGAUGAGCAACUUUGAGGAGUUUCAUAAGGCCUUCAACUGCCCAGAUACAUCCAUCAUGAACAGGGGAUCCCAGUCGUGUCGAGUGUGGUAGCAAGGGAUGCUACCAAUGUACACUCUUCUACAAAUGACAUCAAAUCAUCAUAAGCACUGACUCUCUGGAUAGCAUGCAAGUUUAAAAAAAUAAACACAACUAGUCAAGGAAAAGGAAAAACUGGAAUAGAAUGAUUCUGAAGAAAACAUUCGUAUUGCUAUACAUCCGAGGCCUGAACAGUCACAGAGAAUGGUGAUGCAGUGGGCAUGGUCCAGAUAUUUUAUUUACCUACAUGUGUGUUUGCAUUGUUACUGUAAGGGAUGAUAGUUGUGCUUUCUCCAAUCUCUUCAGUCCUGCUGAAUCACAAUGUAUGUGAUUAACUGCUAUUGUUAUGAUUCUGUAAUUGAUGCAAAUGUGAUGGUUUAAAAGCGCCGACUCAUGCACUCUACACUGUAUCUAAAAUAAAUAGGAGGCUAGUUUGUUUUCUUUGUAUUUCUCAAUGUUACCUAUUUUCUGAUUGUCAACUAUUCUCAUGACUGAAGAGAUUAUUGUCACUGUAGAACAGGCAAUACAGUGUCUUUGGAUUUGUAUUUGUUCUCUGUUUGAGCGUGUGUGUGUGUGUGUGUGUGUGUGUGUGUGUGUGUGUGUGUGUGUGUGUGUGUGUGUGUGUGCGUGUGUGUGUGUGUGUGGUGUGUCGUGUGUGUGUGCGUGUGUGUAUAUGUGUGUGUAUCUGUGUGCCUGUGCCAACUGAGCUCUGAUGAUAGCAUGUGAAAAGUAGAAAUCCACAUCUGAGCAUUCUGCUUUUCUUGAUCUGCAUUCUGGUUAUUGCUGCAUGCUUGAUUUCGAUGUUGGCCUUUCAAAUCUAGUAAGCACAUUUUAGAUGUGAACUCCUGCCCAGAAGGGUGGGAUUGCUCAUUCAGCCGCUCUUGUUUUUAUUGAACAUUCCAUGUAGGUUAUGGAGAUUGCUGACAUUUUGAAAUCUGAAAUGUGAUUGAAAUAACUGGCUGAAAUAGUUUGUCUUCGAAACCUCAUUAUGAUUACCAUAAUGUGAUGACUGGGACCGAUCAAAUAAUCAGAAAUAAGGAUUGUCAUUGGGGGGGUUUCAAAUGCCUUGUUUCACUAAGCAAAUAGGAUCAGUACAGUGGGAAGUAGUCUAUAUAAUUUCUGUGCCCCCCCCCCCCCCUCUCUCUCUCUCAUUAAGUCAUUUUUUUCAUUCCCUAUUUAAUUGUAAUAAUUCCAUUUUUAAAUUUUUGGAAAGAAAAAGAUUCAAUUAAGGAAGGUCCUUUACGAACCACCAAGUUACUCCCAGUGGAUAAGAGUCUCCUCCUAAAUAACAUCAGCUUCUAGUAUCACUCUGUGCUGUAGUGCUGGUGAUUGGUGGGUGAUCCCACCUUCCUCACUGCUGACAACUAGAUUUGACUACCUCAGUAAAAUCAGCUGAAUUGUUAGAAGUGUCAUUUUUUUUUCUUUGUUCAUAACCUACCCAAUAAAAUCAUAACAAGUUUUGCAGACCUUUA